UUCAAAAGUUCUGUCGACGUGAUUGGAUGAGGCAUUGUUGGAUUCUCCUUUCUUAACUGAGCGUCCGUUGCAACGUGCCGGAUUGCACCAAUCAGAAAUGAACACUGGUACUGAAAGAAAGUAAGCGUCGGCAUUCUGUGAUAUUACUUGUUCGCAGAUGUAACAACGGUAUCAACCUUAAAUCUAGUAUGACGUUUAUUAUACGAGCAGCUGCUUGCGUUACAUCAAAAUAUUAUAUUCUUUGUGAUUUACCGGAGCGACCAAACGAAAUUUUGAAUUGAACUACUAAGAAUUACUAUCGUUGCACAUCUUGAGUUACAUCGUUGAGCUGUGGGAAGCACAAUGACGGAUCUAACAGAGUUACGAAUGAACGUGGCCGCACUGAAACGAGUAGAUCCCUAUGUGAAAGAUAUUUUGGAAACUGCGACGCACGUUGCACUUUACACUUUCAACGCAGUGAAUAAUGAAUGGGAAAAAACCGACAUCGAAGGUGCAUUAUUCGUGUACUCGCGGAAUGGCGAGCCCUAUAACAGUGUUCUUAUCAUGAAUAGAUUAAAUACAAAUAAUCUAGUGGAACCUGUUACUCAUGGCUUGGACUUACAACUGCAAGAGCCAUUUUUAUUAUAUAGAAAUUCCAGAUGCAACAUUUAUGGUAUAUGGUUUUAUGACAAAGAGGAAUGCGUGCGCAUUGGCGCUAUGUUGAAUAAGCUUGUUAAAGAAUCGGAAGAAAAUCGGAAAGCUUGUAACAAGCCUGUUGUUAACGAGAAAAAAGAUUCUGGUCCUAACGUGAACAAUGUUGACAUAUUUAGUAUGCUUAGCAAAGCUCAGGAAGAUUUUAAUACUAAUAGAAAUAGUAGUAGCAGCGGAGGAGGAGGAAGUACCAGAGAGGGACAGGGCAUUAAGUCUCCUCUGGUUAUUCCUGGUACAGAAAAUGUAUCUGGUCCGUUAACUGCUCCGUUAGGUCCAGACGUUACUUCGCAAAGUGUAAUGGACUUUUUUGCAAAAGCAAAAGUUAAUACUGGUCAUUUUAAAGCUGGAGAUCAGCCUACACCAGGGGGCACUGUACCGAACGAGAGUAAACCUUUACUUGCACGCUUAAUGUCACAUCCAGCAGCACACACGGUAGAACACAUUGAAAAGCAACACAGAUCUAUAACUCCACAACCAGCCACUCAGCAACAAUCUCAAACGACUCCUACCGCUAUACUGACCGGUAAUAACGUGGCCAGUAGCACGGCAUCGAACAAAUCCAAAAGACGAAGCAAGACAGUGUCUCAACCAGAUUCUAUCAUAACUACACCAGCGUCUAUGACUCAGGAUAUUCCACCGCCUGUAAAUCCGAACACUGCAGACACAAACGGUACAACAGGAUUUCAUAGGAUACAGUCUCCGAUAAAUGUAUCAUCUUCUAAUUCAACGAAUCAUCAGGCCUCUGACGUUAUCGUCUCUAGUAAUUCGAAUCCACUUGCGUCUUUAUUUGCUCAUGCAUCUGUUACAUCGGCAUCGGAAGAUAUCAUUACCGCGCCUACUUUAUCGGGAAGAGGAUCGGCACCGGCAUUAAUACCUCCGGUUAUGUUUGCUGCACCUAGUCCGCCUGAACCCUUAACGAGACCGUUAGAACCGUUGACGAGGAACCAACUUCUUCAGGCUUUUAAUUAUUUGUUGAGAAGCGAUCCAGAAUUCAUCAACAAACUUCACGAGGCUUACGUGAAAUCGUUUGGCGAAAUUCUCUCCUAAAAACUAUGAUCUGUUAACUAAUGUAACUAGAACCCGUCAUGCGGGUUGUGACGGUCGACUGAUUAUAAAGCAUCGAGCAAAACCUAGUAUCCCUAUGUUGCGUGUACAUAGAUGGAACACAAUUGUCCUGCUCGAAUUUCAAUUGAACUUGACUGGUAGCCCAAUUAUUGUUGGGAAUGAACAAAAACAUAGAGAUACAAAUGAAGAUACAUACCUUAAGCAGUAUUUUUAUAAGCUAAAUACAUUUUUUCCCAAGAAAGGAGACGGAAUGGACCCGUGGAAGCGAAGCAAGAUUGAAACAAGAAAAACAAACCGAGCGAAGAAAUUACAAAAAAGCGGAACGAAACGAGGAAUGUGAAAAUUGUACGAUUUUAAACUGUGAUGCCAAAACAUUUAUAUUAUUACUAAACGUUUUAUGGUUACUAUUUCGAAAGUGGAACGAGACAAAUUUUCUGAGCUGAUCAAAUCGAUUGUUAAUUUUACAGAAUAAUGACAUACCCUUCCUGUAUAUCGGGUAUCGAUAUGGUAUGUGUAUGUAACUGAUAAAAAGGAGUAAAUAAAUAGAGAUCCGAUUACUGCAAAA